ACAGGUGGAAGUGACGUAGAUUUGAAGUCACCUCAUCUUUCACUACUCGUGUUUUGCUCGUCAACAUGUCUUCGAAGAUGCCUGCGGAGAAACAAGGGGAUAUUUUGUGCUUCUUCAUCAAUGGGAAAAAGGUGACGGAGAACAACGCGGACCCCGAAACCACGCUGUUGUCCUUCCUCCGGGAGAAGCUGAGGUUAACGGGAACCAAGUACGGCUGCGGCGGCGGCGGCUGCGGCGCGUGCACGGUCAUGUUGUCCCGCCUCCAACCGGCCACCAGAACCAUCACACAUUACUCGGUCAACGCCUGCCUGCUGCCGCUGUGCCAGCUCCACGGAGCCUCCGUCACCACGGUGGAGGGCGUCGGCAGCACCAAGACCCGACUCCACCCGGUGCAGGAGCGCAUAGCCAAAGCUCACGGUUCCCAGUGCGGCUUCUGCACGCCAGGGAUGGUGAUGUCCAUGUACACGCUGCUGAGGAACAGGCCUCAGCCCACCAUGGAGGACAUCACUCAGGCUCUGGCUGGUAAUCUGUGCAGGUGCACCGGUUAUCGACCCAUCAUCGACGGCUGCAGGACCUUCUGUCAGGAAGCCAACUGCUGCCAAGCCAACGGAGGUGAAGACUGCUGCCAAAAGGGAGAGCAGAACCCCGAUGAACCAGCUCAUGAGGAGAAGCCCCGGUUGUUUGACAAAGAAGAGUUUCUUCCCCUGGACCCGACCCAGGAGCUCAUCUUCCCCCCCGAGCUGAUACUGAUGGCGGAGGCAGCCAACCCGAAGACGCUCACCUUUCGCGGGGAGAGGGUGAGCUGGGUGUCCCCCUCCUCCCUGGAGGAGCUGCUCCAGCUCAAGGCCAGGAACCCUGAAGCUCCGCUGGUGGUGGGAAACAGCAACAUAGGUCCAGGUAUGAAGUUCAAAGGUGUCCUGCACCCGCUGAUGAUAUCGCCCACCAGAGUCACGGAGCUGUUUGAGGUCACUCGCACGCCACAGGGUGUUUGGGUGGGAGCGGGCUGCAGUCUCACCGAGGUCUGGUCCCUUCUGGAGAAGCUGCUCCCUCAGCUCGCCGAGGAGCAGACCGGCCUGUUCCGGGCUCUGAUCCGGCAGCUGGGCACCCUGGGGAGCCUGCAGAUCCGCAACGUCGCUUCUCUCGGGGGAAACAUCGUGAGCGCGUACCCAAACUCGGACCUGAACCCGGUUCUGGCUGCAGGGAACUGCAGAGUGAGCGUAGUUUCUGCUGGGGGAAGACGAGAGCUCCCUCUGAAUCAAGACUUCUUUGUGAGCUUUGGGAAAACCAUCCUGAAGCCAGAAGAGAUUCUAGUUUCUGUCUUCAUUCCCUUCUCCAGAAAGGGGGAGUUUUUUGGAGCUUUCCGACAGGCCCCCAGGAAGGAGAGCUCCUUCUCCACGGUGACCACCGGGAUGAGAGUGUUCUUCUCGGAGGGGUCCCGGGUGGUUCAGGACGUCAGUAUUUACUACGGGGGGAUGGGGCCGACCACAGUUUGCGCCACCAAGACCUGCGCAGCUAUCGUCUCCAGGCCCUGGGACGAUGAGACCCUCAGCCAGGCCUACAACGUCCUCCUGGACGAGUUGGUCCUCCCACUCUCGGCUCCUGGAGGAAAAGUGGAGUUCCGUCGCUCUUUGACUCUCAGCUUCCUCUUUCAAUUCCACCUGGAGGUCCUGCAGAAACUGAAAGAAAUGCAUGUGAUCACUGAGGAGAUUCCUGAGAAGAUGCAGCCGUUGCCCAGAGAGAUCCACCCCGGCCUGCAGGAGUUCCAGCAUGUGCCGAAGGACCAGAGCGACCAGGACCCGGUGGGCCGUCCCAUCAUGCAUCGCUCCGCCCUCAGCCACGCCACGGGGGAGGCCGUCUACUGCGACGACCUCCCCGCCACGGAGGGCGAGCUCUUCCUGGCUCUGGUCACCAGCUCCCGAGCGCACGCCAAAAUAACAGGGCUGGACGCCAGCGAAGCGCUGAGGCUCCCCGGGGUCGUCGACGUCAUCACGGCCAAAGACAUUCCGGGGCAGAAAGCGCGUAAGCUGUGUGGUUAUGAAGAGGAGCUGCUGGCUGAGACCGAGGUGUCCUGCAUCGGUCAGAUGUUGUGCGCCGUGGUCGCCGACUCGAGGUCGCACGCCAAACGAGGAGCAGCGGCUGUGAAGGUGGCCUACGAGGACCUGCCCGACCCAGUGUUCACCGCAGAGGAGGCCGUGGAGAAGUCGUCUUUCUUUGAGCCUCGGAGGACGAUUGAGAGAGGAAAUGUGACCGAAGCCUUUGAAUCAGUCGAUCAGGUUCACGAAGGAGAGUUACGGAUAGGCGGCCAGGAGCAUUUCUACAUGGAGACCCAGAGCAUGCUGGUCGUCCCCGUGGGCGAGGAGACGGAGUUCAACGCGUACGUCUCCACCCAGUUCCCCACGCUGAUGCAGGAAGCGAUAGCGGAGACGUUGAGCAUCCCGUCCAACAGAGUCACCUGCCACGUCAGAAGGAUCGGCGGCGCCUUCGGGGGGAAGGUGGUUAAAACGGCGGCUCUGGCUUGUAUCACCGGCGUGGCGGCGUGGAAGACCAACCGGGCGGUCCGCUGCGUCCUGGAGCGAGGAGAGGACAUGCUGAUCACCGGCGCCCGGCACCCCGUCCUGGGCAAAUACAAAGUGGGCUUCAUGAAUGACGGGCGGAUCGUGGCUGCAGAUUUCCACUACUACGCCAACGCCGGCAACAUGGCGGAUGAAUCUGUCCUGGUGGUGGAAAAGUUCCUGCUCCACUUUGACAACGCCUACAACAUCCCCAACCUGAGGGGCCACGCCGCCGCCUGCAGGACCAACCUGCCCUCCAACACCGCCUUCCGGGGCUUCGGCGUGCCCCAGAGCCUCUUGGUGGUGGAGAACAUGGUGGAGGACGUGGCGGCGCUGCUGCGGCGCCCCGCCCACCAGAUCCGGGAGAUCAACAUGUACAAAGGGCCCUCGGUCACCCAGUACAAGCUGGAGUUCAGCCCGGAGAACCUGCAGCGCUGCUGGGAGGAGUGCAAGCUGAAGGCGGACCACGGCGCGCGCCGGCGGGCCGCGGACCAGUUCAACCGGGAGAACCGCUGGCGGAAGAGGGGGAUGUCCAUCGUGCCCAUCAAGUACGGCAUCGCCUUCUCAGACGGCUUCUUGAAUCAGGCCGCCGCUCUGGUCCACAUCUACAAAGACGGGUCCGUCCUGGUGUCUCACGGCGGGACGGAGAUGGGUCAGGGGCUGCACACUAAAAUGCAACAGGUGGCGAGCCGGGAGCUGCACGUCCCCGCCUCUAAGGUCUACAUCAGUGAAACCAGCACCAACACGGUCCCCAACGCCAGCCCCUCCGCCGCCUCCUGCGGUACCGACGCCAACGGCAUGGCGGUCCAGAACGCCUGCCAGAUUCUGUACCAGCGCCUGGAGCCCAUCAGGCUGAGGAACCCCAAAGGAUCAUGGGAGAGUUGGGUCCAGACCGCAUUCUAUGAGAAAAUGAGUCUAUCGGCGACGGGCUUCUACAAAGGCCCCGACCUGUACAUGGACUGGGACAAGAAGGAGGGACGGCCCUACGCCUACUUCACCUUCGGGGUGUGCUGCUGCGAGGUGGAGCUGGACUGCCUCACGGGGGACUACAGGACGCUGAGGACGGACAUCGUGGUGGACAUCGGCAGAAGUGUGAACCCCUCAAUGGACAUCGGACAGAUCGAGGGCGCCUUCAUGCAGGGUCUGGGCCUCUACACCCUGGAGGAGUUGAAGUUCUCCCCCUCCGGGCUCCUGUACACUCGAGGUCCGUCUCAGUACAAGAUCCCGGCGGUCUGCGACGUGCCGCUUCGCUUCAACGUCUACCUGCUGCCGGACUCCUCCAACCCCCACGCCAUCUACUCCUCAAAGGGCAUCGGGGAGCCGGCCGUCUUCCUGGGCAGCGCCGCGUUCUUCGCCAUCAAAGACGCUGCGGCCGCCGCCCGCUCCGAGUCCGGCCUGGUGGGCCCGUUUUCCCUGAACAGCCCCGCCACGGCGGAGAGGGCGUGUCUGGCUUGCGCCUCCCCGUUCACUCAGAAGAUUCCAGCGAGCAAACCAGGAUCUUUCAAACCGUGGGCCUUAAACAUCUAAAACAGAAUAUCACAUUUGUUUGUUUUUUGAUUAAUCGAAUACCUGACUGUGUACUGACUAUUGAUAACGUACUAAACUCUAUUGCACUUUUUACUUAAUUUUCAUUGCACGUCUAUCCUCAUCAUUUCCUGACAUGGCAAUAAUAAAUUAAUAAAUGAUUGAAAAGUUUCUGCAAAAUAAA